CCAUCUUCCUCCCAUCCCUCCUCUUCCUCUGCUUCAUCUAUAGAAAAGUAAGGGCCCUCUCCUGGUUUCCUCCAAAUUCUCCUCUCACCAAAUAUUACCACUCCCUGCUCCUCUUUAGCCAUGGAAGUUGGGACUGGAAGCAAUGAGAAGAUUGGAUUCUCGCCAUGGUGGCCGUUUCUCGGCUCGUUGGUGGAGAAGCUAAGGGGAAGGGUGACUGGAUUUCUGAACAAGUUGAAGAAGAUCGCGAAAGAUGAUCCGAGACGAAUAGCUCAUUCUUGUAAAGUAGGAUUGGCACUCACACUAGUCUCCUUCUCCUACUAUGUCACGCCACUCUUCGAUGGCUUCGGAGUAUCAGCCAUAUGGGCCGUGCUCACCGUCGUGGUGGUCAUGGAAUACACAGUAGGUGCAACACUAAGCAAAGGUCUGAACAGAGCUUUUGCCACACUGCUGGCUGCGUUUCUAGGUGUAGGAGCUCAUCAAAUUGCAAUCCUCUUCGGGGAGAAAGGAGAACCAAUACUGCUUGGUCUCUUCGUGUUCAUAUUAGCGGCAGCAGCGACCUUCUCCCGAUUCAUACCAGAGAUCAAAGCAAGAUACGACUACGGGGUAUCGAUUUUUAUACUGACAUUUAGCCUCGUGGCGGUUUCGAGCUACCGAGCCGAGGAGUUGAUACAGCUAGCUCAUCAGAGGCUCUCUACGAUCGUCAUUGGUGUGGUCACUUGCCUCUGCACCACCAUCUUUGUCAUCCCUGUCUGGGCUGGAGAAGACCUUCACAAGCUGGCUGCCGUCAACUUAGACAAGCUCGCAAGCUUCUUGGAAGGAUUAGGAUCCGAGUGCCUUGGGGAGAAGGUGGGCAGUGAGAGUUUGGAGGGCAAACCCUUUCUGCAAGUUCACAAGAGUGUUCUCAACUCCAAGCCAACCGAGGACUCUUUGUGUAAUUUUGCAAGAUGGGAACCAGGUCAUGGCCGUUUCAGAUUUAGGCACCCAUGGAAACAAUACCUCAAGAUCGGAGCUUUGAACCGCCGCUGCGCUUCUUCCAUGGAGGCUCUUACCACCUACAUCACCACCUCUGCUGAAACUCAGGCAACCAAGGAGCCGGAGCUCCGGCAAAAGAUCCGAACCGCUUGCCUGGAGAUGAGCUCCGAAUCCGCUAAGGCGCUCAGAGAGCUCUCCAAGGCGAUCCGAACCAUGACGGCGCCCGCGUCCGCCAACCCCCAUAUGGCGGCGGCGAUCGCAGCAACCGGCGAAUUAAGAAGCACGCUGUCGAAGGACGCGGACAUCGCGGAUGUCCUACACGUGGCGACCAUUGCAACGCUCGUCGCGGAGCUUGUGGUACGGACGCAGGAGAUCUUCGGCUCGGUGGAGGAGCUGGCCCGGCUCGCCCGGUUCAAGAGCCCCGAACCGAUUCCCAAGGCCACCGUUAAACCGGUGUCUGAUGGAGAAAGCCCUCCUCACGUGGCUAUUCAAGUUGGGGAAUGAUGGUAUCAGUGUGCAGGACUCACACCGGAUCAGAUAAAAAGAUUCGUGGGAAUAUACCACAAUGUACAUAUUAUAAAUAUCUCUCGCAAUACACUCUGUAUGCUUAACAAGAAUAUGUCCUCUUUUGUUGAGCAGAGGACUUCAUGUAAGCAAAUAUCUAAUGAUUAAUCAAAUAAAUCCUCCGAUAGCCACAUAUUUAU